UGGCGGCCGAGCGUGGGCGCCUGUCAGGGUCGAAGCCCGCGCUGGGCCGAGGCGGUGGCCGCGGGCUGGGGCCUCUCAGCGGAGUGUGGCCGCCGCUUCUCUUGCGGAAUGGAGGGGACGGCUUUGGCCAUCUGCGAGACUUUGAGAUACUUAAUAAUUCACUGGAAGUGUGAAGCUGGAGUAUCAAAGAGAACAUUGCUAAAAGGGCAGCUAGUGAUUUCCAUAGAAGCAUUAACUUCUAAGCACCAGCCAAAUUCUCUUCAUUGUGUAGCAACCAUUGCAUCUUCAGGAAACAUUUAUGGUUUGAGCCUUAAGAAGUUCCUGAAAGAAACACAAACUAUACUGCCUGCAUUCUCUGCAAAGCUGACUUGGACAUCAGAGGAAAGCAGCUGGUCUCAGGACAAAUCAGGGGUAACACCCUUCCAGAUAACUUUUGAGGUGGAUGAAACGUCCAGAACUUUGGUGACAGAUUGUCUAGUUAUAAAGCACUUUUUACGUAAAAUCAUUAUGGUAAACCACCAGAUCAGGUUUAAUUUCAGUGUAAAGGUAAAUGGGGUUGUCUCCACGGAGAUCAUUGGGCUGGAGAAUGAACCAACUUUGAACCUGUGGAGUGGAAUUGCUCUUGUUGUAAACUGUCAGCAUUAUGUGAGUAGACAAAAAUGUAAUCCAACGGAACCCUACUGCCGCAGAAUCCACCCCGUGCUGGGACAUCCGGUGGCACUGCACCUCCCUGAUGGGGUGGCUGGCGUGGCCGCGGGGGGACUGGUGCUGACCCCAGCGGCCGCUCUGUGCCCACAGGCCUUCUCCAGCCAGUCGAGCAGGAUUUCGUCAUUAUACAUAUUCCUAUAUGGACCUUCAGGUCUACCUCUGAUAUUGCCCAAAGGGGAGAAGCAAAGCACUAUUGUCUUCAAAGACACCUCUUAUUUCAUUGACUGGAAAAAAUACCAAUUGUGCAUGGUGCCCAAUGUGGAUCUCAAUUUGGACACAGAUUUGGUACUUCCAGAUGUGAGUUAUCGGGUAGAGUCCAGUGUGGGAAUUGAAUCUCAGAAAACAGACUCUCAGGGACCAGCUCUUCUGCUUUUUCUCUUUGUGGAUUUUCACGGUGGAUUAACAGUCCAGCAAAAGGAAAUCUGGGGAGUCUAUCCUCUGCUCACAGCUCAUCUCAGUGCUAUUCUCAUGGAGAGCCACAGUGUGGUACGGGAUUCCAUCCAGUUCACUGUGGAUCAGGUCUUGGAGCCGCAUCACCUUGCCUCCCAGGCUUACCAGAAACUGCAGGCCUCACUCUCAGUGGCUGUGAAUUCCAUCAUGAGUGUGGUGACUGGAAGCACCAGCAGUAGCUUCAGAAACACCUGUCUCCAGGCCUUCCAGGCAUCUGACAGCCAGGAGCUUGGGACCAAACUGCACAAAAUAUUUCAUGGUAUCACCCAGCACCGAUUUUUUCACCAUUGCUCAUGUGACAUGAAGCAGCACUUGACCCCAGAGGAGGAUCCAGCCCAGAGCCCCGAGGACGCACCUGAGAGCGGCAGCACGGAGCCCCCUGCGGGGACCGGCGGGCAGGCGGAAAGCAAGAGGCUCAAGAAGGGCGGCGAGCACCGGCGCGUGGAGACCGGAGCCCCGCACGCCGCCAGGGCCCCGGGCCCGCCCGAAGACGCCCGGCGCCGCCCGGCGCCCAGCGCGGCUCCCCUCGCCGCGGGCGGAGGGGCGGCCCGCGCGGCCCGCGGCGGCCCCGGGAGCGGCCUGGAGGACGCGCUGUGGCGGCAGGAGGUCUCCAAUCUGUCCGAGUGGCUGAGCCCCGGCCCUCAGCGCUGAGCCUGGCCGCGCGGGGGCCCCGGGGGUGGCGCGGCCGCGGGCCGCCGAGCGUCCCCGCCGUUCAAUAAAGCUGCUGGCUCC